AGUGGAGGGUGGGGGGUUGGAGGUGGAAGAGGAGCCUUGCUGGGGAGCCAUCCGCAGUUCAGCGGGAUGGGAAGCACUGCCAUGGACACCAAGAAGAAAGAUGCUUCCAGCAGCGGCAGCAAGAAAGGCUCCAGCCAGAAGAGACGCAUGUUGCGAGUGCACAUCCCAGAUCUUAGCUCAUUUGCCAUGCCAUUCCUGGAUGGAGAUGUGGAGAGCUCAGACAAAAAUGCUCCUCGAAAGGCAGAAGAGAGCUACCAUACAAGCAGCCCUUCAAAAGGCUUUUUCUCCAAAGGGCUCCAAAAUCGACCUUCCAGCCCAGUUUCUGCCCCUGUGAGAUCUAAAAAUAGCCCAGGUUCACCAAAAACAGUGUUCCCCUUCCCGUACCAGGAGUCUCCUCCACGGUCCCCUCGCCGAAUGAGCUUCAGUGGGAUCUUCAAGUCUUCUUCCAAAGAAUCCUCUCCCAGUUCCAACCCGUCUACCUCUCCAGGUGGCAUCAAGUUUUUCUCCAGAUCAAGAAAAACCUCUGGCCUCUCCUCUUCUCCAUCUACCCCAACACAAGUGACCAGGCAGCCUCCAUUUCCUCUUGAAUCAUAUAAACAUGAACCUGAGCGACUGGAAACCAGGAUCCACUCUUCUUCACCUCUGGACACAGGGCAGAGAUUUACUCUGCCUCCACCCCAAAAUGCAGCCAAGCGUCCCACAGUGAUGCCAACUCCCUGCGCUACCUCAAAAACAGUAAUGGCCACAGUGCCUGUGCCAGCUCCAAGCCUGCCAGCCCAGAGCCAGCAGUCACUCCAAAAAAUGUUCCUUCUUUUUACAGCAGCUGAAGAAUCGGAAAGUGACAUCUAUAUGCGAUUCAUGAAGUCUAACAAGUGUUAUGACAUAGUUCCAACAAGUUCUAAGCUUGUUGUUUUUGAUACUACGUUACAAGUAAAGAAGGCUUUCUUUGCCUUGGUAGCAAAUGGUGUUCGAGCAGCUCCACUGUGGGAAAGUAAAAAACAGAGUUUUGUAGGAAUGUUAACAAUUACAGAUUUCAUUAAUAUACUUCAUAGAUACUAUAAGUCUCCAAUGGUUCAGAUCUAUGAACUGGAGGAACACAAGAUAGAAACUUGGAGGGAGCUUUAUUUACAAGAAACAUUUAAGCCUUUAGUGAACAUCUCCCCAGAUGCAAGCCUAUUUGAUGCUGUAUAUUCAUUGAUCAAAAACAAAAUCCACAGAUUGCCAGUUAUUGAUCCUGUCAGUGGGAAUGCACUUUAUAUCCUUACCCAUAAAAGAAUCCUCAAGUUUCUCCAGCUUUUUGUGUCAGAGAUGCCAAAGCCUGCCUUUAUGAAGAAGAACCUGGAUGAUCUUGGGAUAGGAACUUAUGACAACAUUGCCUUCAUACAUCCAGACACUCCUAUUAUUAAAGCCUUGAACAUAUUUGUAGACAGAAGAAUAUCUGCAUUACCAGUUGUGGAUGAGUCAGGAAAAGUUGUAGAUAUUUAUUCCAAAUUUGAUGUAAUAAAUCUUGCUGCUGAAAAAACCUAUAAUAAUCUAGAUAUCACAGUAACACAAGCCCUCCAGCACCGUUCUCAGUAUUUUGAAGGUGUUGUGAAGUGCAGUAAGCUGGAAACACUGGAGACCAUUGUUGAUAGAAUAGUGAAGGCUGAGGUUCAUCGUCUGGUAGUAGUGAAUGAAGCAGAUAGCAUUGUGGGUAUCAUCUCCCUCUCUGACAUUCUACAAGCUUUGGUGCUCACACCAGCAGGUGCCAAACAAAAGGAGAAUGAAACUGAGUGACUGCUGUGAAUGUAUAAAGCUUUCUAGGAGAACUUGAACAAAGUUUCUGGGUCAAGUUUGCCUCGAGAACACUGACUGACUGCAAUAGAAAUGAGAAGAAGGGUUAUGAGAAUGUGUAUUGAAGCGUAGUGAUGGGUAAUGUCUGUAUUUUCCCCCAGUGAUGUCACAAAAAAGCAGCAUGACAAAAAAAACUUAUGUAAAAAAUGUAGGCUUGCAUUUCAAAAUGUCUUCAAAACAUUUGCUGAAAGACUAUGUCCUUCAUUAAAAUGCACUGUAUUCUGAACCUAUUUCAUUCGUAUUUGAUAGAAGUCACUGGUCAGCAACAGACAUGUGACAUAAGGCAAGUGAAUGGCAUAUUCAUAUCAUAGUGCCUUAUGUCAAAAUACAGCAAUAUGUCAUCAGUUGCCCAUCACUGUCAAAGAAAGUAUUGUGCUAAACAAGACACUGUAUUUGAAUGUGAAAGUCUUUAAACCUAAAACCAAAUCAGUUUCAGUUCUCAUUAGAUUUGUCAUAAAAGUUGUAAUUUGAAUAUCAGUAGAUUACUUUAAAACUUUAAUGACAGUUUUGUGUUUUUAAUGUUGCAUUCUGAACUGAUAUGUAAAACAAGAUUGAUUUUAAAACAGCUUUAUUUAUUUUUACUUUCAUGGCAAUUUUUUACACAUUUUUGGUGGAUAGCUAAAAUUUCACCAUGUCCAUUAAUAAACUGUUGAUUGUUAUACAAAAAAAGUGGCAGAUUUUCCUCAUUUUUUUAACAUUUGGGAGCUGUCGAAGUUGUGGCUUUUAGAUCAGCCACAUUACUUUGAUCAGUCUAAGGUUUUCAAAAGCACAUGUUGAAAAGUGUUAUUGUGUAUUGUAAUAAACAGGUACUGUGGAGGACACUAAGUGCCAGAGAUAUAUAUUUUCCUGUGUACUAAAAUAAUAAAUCAUGUUUGUAAGACUGUGCAGAAACCAUUUUUGUAAAUUAUAAUAGAAAUACAAUUGUCAUACAUAUGCAAAGAGUGAGAAAUGUUUUUGCUAAUAUAAAUGCACCAAAAAGCUUAGCGAUUACACUCAAUAGACUUCUGCAGAUGGAAGAAAUUAAACAAGCCCUACUUUAUCAGUUUAUUCAUAGCUGCUUUUGAAAUUGCCAAGUAUCUUUGCAUGUACAGAUUUUUUACAUGCUGCUUAGAUGUUUCCCUAUCUGAAUAUUUUAUCUUAUUGUAAUGGAAGACAUGAAAUCAUUCUUAUUUCCCUUCCUUCUUUAUAGGCUAAUUGCACACUAAAGUGAAACUAUUACUUUAAAAUAUUUCCAAACACCAACUUCUUUACCUGGGUUAUUGAAUAACAUCUUGCAUUAUUAAAACUGAAUGAACAUCCUGUCUAAUGUUUCUCUAUUUAUCCCAGAUAGGACAAUGAAAAUGGAUUGAUUUGUCACUCUCUAAUUAUAGAAACGUGGUGGGAAAUGUUUAAAUGAAACUAAAAACUACAUAAAUGACUUGUUUGAAAAAAAAUGAAACCCUGUCUUCUCAAAUCUUGCCUUCUAUAAACCUAAACUUUGGGUCUACCGUUGACAACUUUUUUUAACAACAUCUCAGACUGUUUCAAUAUAAAACCUGAACACAUUCACAUAGAGAACAAUUUUUGACAGUGUACUAACUUUUCUCUCCCUUGCUUUUGCCCUCUGAAAAGAUAGAAAGGGUCUUUUUCUAUCAACUUUUCCUUUCUGACUAGGUAAAAAUUGAUUCUUUCCCAUAUAGUUUGAAUGGUGCUAAAGUUUAAAUGGCUGCUUUGGUUUAAUAGUAACCUCAGCAUAUAGAAUUCAUCAUCCCCAUCAUAAAUAGCAUCGUUCAAGUUCUGGGAAUAAUGGAGAGAGAAAAAUAAAAUGGAAUGGAGAGGUUCUGGGUUUUUUCUCCUGUGGCAGUGUGGUGGUUUUUUUUUUUUUUUUUAUUUGCAACUUCAUAAUUAAGGCCUCAACAUUUUCCUUUUUUAGAAAGAAUCUGCAUAAUGUAUGUCCAACAUUGUCUGUUACAUUGGCAGUGUGUAUUUUAAGCCCGCUGUUUUGCUGAAGAAGAGAUUAAAAAAUUGUGUUCAGUUGUUAUAGUAAGAGCGAUUGAUUAAAGCUGAAGUUUAGUCUCUUGAGAACUAAUCAUAUUGGCUGAUCUCUGGUCUGUCUUAGAGGAAAUUGCAAUUCAGUCUAAUAGUUUAAGAAAAAGAAUUAUAUGAAUUAUUGCAUAAUGGUUAAAACCAAAUGCUCUACAUUCAUAAAGGAGUGAGACCUAAAAAAGGAAGCUGAGAUUUUAGCUCCUGAUUCAUGAAAGCACCAAAGUGUGUUCAUAAAACUAGUGUUUGCUGAAUUGGGUCCUAAGUCUAGAACAGACUCUUUUCUCCCACUCUUUAUUUGCACAUUUCUAAACACACACAUAGAUUGUAGGAUCCUCUGAUAAAAGGAUUAUAUCCCUCUUAUCUACCACUGGGGAAAUAUUUAUCACAAAUACAAGUGGUGGGUUAUGGCUAUGCUAUUUCCAAUAUGUACCGUUCUCAAUACAGCAUUAUCUAUUUUAAGACACAUGCAUUGUUAUCUUUGUAUGCUGUAAAUAAUAUGUAUGACCUAUGUACUUCAUUUGGUAAAGUGUUAAAUUUAAGUAAUCUAUAUCAAAACAAUUGAACAGAUGUAAAAUAAACAUGUAAAGCAUUGCUCUAACACCACAAAUGAAAUGCAUUCAAAUGUUUGUUUUUGUGUUUCCAAAAAUAUGAAUGUAAGGAGUUUAAAAACAAAAGUUAAAUGAAAUGUCUGAUACAAAACUUGAAAUAGCUUAGUUUGUAAAAUAAAAUGCCAGUUAAAACGUACAGAGUCACAUUAAAUUCCAG